GUCAUCAUCAUAGUCAACAUCACAAACAUAAAUCAAUUCUUUCACUUAUCGUCUUCGCCGCUGUUGUUGUCAUCAUUAUCAGCUUGCAGUGUCAUAUGUUCUCCUCCAUCAAAUCUCUUUCAUCAUCCUUAUCAUCAUCAUUACUAAUAUGAAAUAAUUUAUACUAAUAUACUUUAUUUAUCAUCUUCAUAUCACCAAAUUUGUCAAUACAUACACAGUACAAAAACAUACAAAUUUACACUAAUAGUUCAAUUUAAGUGAAAUGUUUAAUUAGGAAUUGUUUGUUUUUUCUUGUAGAAUAAGAAUAUAAAAGCCAACUUCAGAAAAAAAGUCAAGCCAUUUACACUUGAAGAAGGAACACUUUAUUAUAACCACAAAGUCCAUGGCCCUCUCAGAACUGUGAAACCAGAUGAAGUCCAGAUCAUCCUUAGAGCAUGCCAUGAGAGUCCCAUGGGAGGACAUCAAGGAAUCCGCAGAACAUGGCAGAAGAUCAAGUCAAGAUAUCACUGGCCUGCCAUGCAGAAAGAGGUUAAACAGUUUGUUGAAGAAUGCGACCCUUGCCAGCGACAAAACCGACUGUUCAAGACCCCGUCAAUUCUACACCCUAUUCCAGUGAAGAAUAAGGCAUUUAGUAUGCUGGGUAUGGAUCUUGUUGGUCUACUGCGACAGACAUCAAACGGAAAUGUAUACAUAGCUGUAUUAACUGACUACCUGACAAAGUGGCCAGAGGUGAAAGCCAUUCCUUCUAAGGAAGCAACUGAGAUUGCUACUUUUAUCAUUGAAACCGUUUGCCGCCAUGGAUGCCCUGAGGUGAUCCUUACAGACAGAGGCACAGAGUUUUGCAAUGAGCUAAAUGACAAGCUAUGCAGCCAAUUAUCCAUAGAGAGACGGGCCACAACUGCCUACCAUCCCCAGACCAAUGGCCUGACAGAGCGGUUUAAUCAGACACUUUGUCAUGCCAUUGUUAAGUAUGUUAAUGCGACACAAGAUGAUUGGGAUACAUACUUACAACAGAUUGCAUUCGGAACCAGGACAUGCAUACACGCCUCAACCAAGGAAACUCCUUUUCAUCUGACAUAUGGAAGAGAGGCAGUACUCCCAGUCCAAUUGGACAUACCCACAACUUUGUCUCCUGAAGCUGACAUCAAUGCCGACGACUUCCAGGAGCUGUUAAAUGACAGAGCUGCAUCUUUUGCAGAACUAUUGAACUUACAGAACAUUGCUAAGGACAGGAUCAAAGAGGCACAAAAGAGACAGAAAACUCACUAUGACAAAAAGAACAAAAGAAAAGAGCAUGUAGUUGGAGACAGAGUCUUAAUCCGAAACAAGAAGCGAGUAAACAGGAAAGGGGACCAACUGGCAACAAAAUGGGUCGGACCUUUCGUUAUAUCUGCCUGCAUCGGAAAAGGGGUGUAUAAAGUAGAGGAGAGAAAAUCAAAGAUAAACAUAAAAGACAUGAAACUGUAUAGACAGCCAACAAAACAGAGUAAUGGGAUUCCAGCCAGAGACAAUAACAAAGCUGAGGAGACCACUGGAAGAAAAGAAGAAGAGACAAAGACUGCAAAGGGCGCAAAAAGAAUCAAGAGAACUCAUAGAAAAGUUACAUCUGACAGAUCAACUGAACAGAAACAGGCAACAAAGAAAACAACAAAGACAAGAAAAAAAAUAAAAGUUCUGCCAUCAGAAACAAAGAAAGAGAAAAGAAAGAGCAAUGCUUUGAACAGGAAGGCCACAGAACCGAAAACAGAAUCACAUCUGCUAACACCUACCAAAGGGAUACUUGAGCAUGUUAGGACAAUGGAGAGCAGCACCAAGCUGAAGGCAUUCCAGAUAUGCAGCAAAGCCUCGGUACAACGACCAAGCAAUCCUACCGAUGAUGCUGUUGCUAAGUCACCAAUCCUUUCUAUUAUCAUGGAGGCUGACAGGAGAUUCGGGGAGGAGGUUGAACUUUGCCAGAAUGCUAUGCUUUCUUGGUAUAUGACUGCAGAUGUCGACAUGGAAUUAGUCAACACACUGGAUGCGUUCAUGUUAGCUUCAGCAAUCCUGACAAUCUCAUUCCAUGACAAUAUUUCAAUUGAUGACAUGCUCAAGACUAUACAAAAUGUACCUACUUCAGCAUUACCAGCUGACUCACCCUGCAAAGUCCUCAAAACUUCAACAAAAAUGACAAUUGGAAACACAACACUAGAACGGAGGGACCUGUGUACACUUUAUCCUGAUAAGUGGCUGAAUGAUCAGGUUAUCCACGCCUAUUUAGGAAUUUUGAAGUCAGAUUUCAAUUCCGUCCACCACAAAGGAUGCUAUGUUCUUCCCUGUUUCCUGGCGACUAAGUGGGAGGCAGGGGAAUGCAAUGCUUGGCUGUAUCCAAAGGUGCCAUUGGAGACAUACCAGACUGUAUUGUUGCCCGUUUGUCACCAGCACCACUGGUUUCUCCUGGUUGCCUCCAUGGAGACUGCUACCAUCUCUGUGCUCGACUCCCUUCCUUAUGCAGGAAGAACACAAAGAUUCAGCAAUCAUUGGAGACACUUCAUGAGUGCCAGAGGGGAUAAGAGGACAUGGCAGACUGGAGAGGUCACUUCCAACAAACAGACAGAUGGAAACUCCUGUGGUGUAUUUGUCUUGAUGAAUGCAGAGGCAAUUAUGGAAGCAACAACACCCUUGAUAAUGAGGCAAUGUCAUGUUGGAUUCUUCAGAAAGUAUGCCCUUAAGAAGCUACUACAGAGCCCAUCUGGAGCAAAGAAAAACAUCCUGUGA